AUGAAUGACCCAUUGGAUUCGCUCUCGAAUGACGAAUUCGAGUUCAUUGAGACCUUUGAUGAAGAUUCAGAGGACCGAGACGACCAGUGGAGCAUGCAACAAAGCAUCAAAAUCGAGCCGAUUUCGAUCCAGAUGCCAAACACGAUUCAAUCUGAACGUGCUCCAUCUCCAGUUGGAACAAGAGCACCAGAAUCUCUUUCCGACCCUGAUCGGACUCCAGAAGCUUCUCUUAUCGAGAGUCCACUUCUGACACAAUCAUUGAAGGAAAUUACUCCAAUGCAUACUCCAAUUGCUUCUCUCGUCGAUCCAAUGUCCACUGCCGUUCCAACUCUUCAGAAUAUGUCGCUCGUCUCUGAGUCAGAAUGUUCCAAUAACUCUUCGCUUGUCAAUGUUGCUGAUGUGGAAUCAACGGAAGUUGCACUACGAACUUCUCUUCUUCUCGUUGGGGAGCUGAAGGCACAGUUGAAUGCACAAGCUUCGACUCUUCAGAAGCUCAACUCGUCUUCGAACCUAGAAGAAAAUAGAAAGUUAUCAGAUCAAAUGAAAGACGAAUUCCAAUUGAAAAUGCAAGAAUCAGCUGCUAGCGUCGAGAAAGUUAUCGCAGAGAAAGAUUUGGCUAUCGAGCAACUCAAAGUGCAAUUGGCACAGAGCCAGCAGGUGGCUCAGCUGUGGAAGCAAGGUGCUGAGAAGAACAGCAAUGCAUCGUACAGCGAUUCGAAGACAGUUAUCGACAGACUUCUGGAGGAAAACUCGAGAUUGAGAAAUCAAGUUGACGAGGAAGUCGCUCGUCGUCUCCAAGAGACUGACCAUCGUAAAAUGCUCGCUGAACAAUUAAAAGAAGCAAGAGGGGGAUCCACAUUCGACCCGCCAGCCACAAUGAUUGCUCGUCAAUUGGCAGAUAGAACCGAAUAUUCAUUGAGACUUGAACAAGAAUUGGUCACUGUAAGACAGGAAUUGGAAGAGGCUAAGAAUGCGUUGAAGAAAGCCACCGAGGAAUCUAGUAACAAGGAUCAGAUCGUUAGUGCACUGCAUGAGGAUCAACAAGAGAGUACCAGAAUGCUCGUAUCGAAUGAGCAGCUCAUCAACAGUUUGAAACAGAAGUGCCGUCAACUUGGAGUCUUGGAGGAUUUCGCCUCUUGA